AUGGUGUCUGAGCGCUUGCAGCGCUUCCUGGGGACCAAGCCGCUGCAUUGGAAGCGGCGCCUGGUGCAAAGGCCAUGGCUUCUGCCCAUGGUGGCCAUGCACCUGGCAGCGCUCCGGGUCCAGCGCGCCUGGCGCCGGAGCUGGCUGAAGUGCGCACGGCCCUCCGCCAUAGGUGACCCGGCGUCGCCGGCCCCGCCGGCCCCGCCGGCCCCCCCAGUUUCGCCAGCGAAUGCACCGGCGCCGCCGCUGCCGCCGGGCCCCUCGGAAGAGCGCGUGAGGGCCCGAGAUCAGCUGCGGCGGCGGCACGUGGAGCACCUCCGGCAGUGCAUGGUGGCGCAGGAUGGGAGGCCCAUGUACGACUCCUUCGAGUCCUUCUGCAUGGCAGUCAUCCAAGGGUGGUGGCGGUCCAGGAUACAUCUCUGGAGGGCGCAGCGGGUGCACAGCUUCCUCUCCUCCAAGGUGCAUCAGGUGGCCGCCUUUGAGAUCCAGCAGGCCUGGCGCAGCCGCCACGGCAGGAGCGUCCAGAGCAGCUACAUGUCAGAGCACGAUCACUUGGUGAAGUAUGCCAAGCGCCUGUCCGAGGCGGCCAAAAAGAUCCAGCGCAAGUGGCGGGGCCACAGGGACACACACAUCUACGGAACUUUGCGAGAGACCAUCGCCAUGUUCCGGCGGAGUGGGGAUCCGUACCUGCUGCUGCGGGCAGUGCUGGCGCGGGAGAGCGUCUUGCUGGACCCUGCGCUGCAGCUGCACGUGCGCUUCCGCUUGGGCGGGCCAAGCUUCCCGCCCUCGAUCUUCUACAAGAUCUACACUCACGGCAACGUGGUGGACCUGGGCGCCUUCGCGCCCCGGGACUACCACCACGAGCGCGUCAGUGCGGAGCAGAAGUUCAUCCCAGACCUGGGCUGGUACCGGCGGGUGGAGAACAAUGGCUGGCGCCCGCUGGCAGUACGCCUGCAGGAGGAGAAGGACAAGGAGCAGCAGAAGGUGGUGACGGCGCCUAAGGGCUUCCACCACUCCAAGCUGCGGAGGCGCCAGGACAUGGAGGUGAAGCGGCGCAAGCGGAAGAUCGAGUGGUUUCAAAAGCUCUAUGGCCUUCAUCCCAAUGAGGACAGCCCGAGCGCGAGCGAGGGGCCAACGCCCAGGAGGCACAUCGUGGACGAGCCCGAGGUCGAUGAUGACCGAUUGCUGGACUGGACCAGGAAGCUGGACUUCGAUGCUUACAUGGAGUCCUGGCAGAGCAUUGCCACCACCGAUGGCAGUGAAGGCACUUUGCCCAUCACCUGGCGCUCUGGAUUCUAA